AACUUUCAAAGUCAAAAUUGGAGAUCUAAUCACGUAAUAAUAAUAAAUUAAAGAAAGGUACAACAGUACUAAUGCUAUGUGCCAUGAUGAUGAGUUGUGAAUAGUGAUUUGGACGCGUGAAUAAGUUAGCACACCCGAACGGUUCAGUCUAAUUACUCACUCUAGUUAAGUUUACCCUCAAAAUCUGUUUUCAAAUUUCUGAUUUCUGAUAGUCAUUGAAAAUCAGAACAGAUUUUCUGCCAAGCAGAGAACACAACUAUCCAAUCUGAGACUUGAUUUGUUUCAACUUGCAAUUGUUUAAGCAGAGAGAAAGGAUGAAGAUGAUGAGUACCAUAGUAUGUGCCAUGUUGCAGUUCCACCUUCUUUUCUCCAACUAUGGUGGAGCUGUUGCUGAUGCAAAACAUGUUGGAUGCAUAGAGAAGGAGAGACAUGCUCUCCUUGAGUUGAAGGCCAGCCUUGUGUUGGAUGACACUUCCCUUUUGCCUACUUGGGACAGUAAGAGUCAUGAUUGCUGUGCAUGGGAAGGAAUCGUCUGUAGCAAUCAAUCUGCCCAUGUUGAAAUGCUUGAUCUAAAUGGCUAUCCGAAUGGUCUUUAUCCGAAUGGUAAAAUCAAUGCCUCAUUGUUGGAGUUGCAGCAUUUAAAGUAUUUGAACCUCAGUUAUAGUGAGUUUUCAAACAGUAUUUUCCCGGAAUUUUUUGGUUCUCUAAGCAACUUGAGAUUCCUUGACCUCCGAGCUUCAUUUGAUGGGGGAAGAGUUCCAAAUGAUCUUUCUCAUCUUUCGCAUUUGCAAUAUCUUGAUCUUUCACGUAAUGGCUUCGAGGGUACAAUCCCUCAUCAACUUGGAAACCUCUCUCAUUUGCAGCACCUUGAUAUUUCAAACAAUUAUUUACUCAAGGGUACAAUCCCUCAUCAACUUGGAAAUCUCUCUCAUUUGCAGUACCUUGAUCUUAGUUUCAACAAUCUGGGUGGAACCAUUCCUCAUCAACUUGGAAAUCUCUCUCAUUUGCAGUACCUUGAUCUUAGUGACAACAAUCUGGGUGGAACCAUUCCUCAUCAACUUGGAAGCCUUUCAAAUUUACAGGAGCUUAAUCUUGGAUACAAUCAGCUCAAUGUUGUAGGUGAGUGGCUUUCUAAUCUCACUCUUUUAACCCAUCUUGACUUGAGUGACAUACACAAUCUCAAUUCUUCUCAUGUCUGGCUGCAAAUGAUUGCUAAGCUUCCAAAAAAACAAGAAUUGAAGCUAUCUCAUUGUGAUCUUUCUGAUCUUUACCUUCAUUCUCUAUCCCCUUCACUAUUGAAUUUUUCUACUUCUCUUACAAUCCUUGAUCUUUCAUAUAAUACCUUCUCAUCAUCCAAAAUAUUUGAAUGGGUUUUUAAUUCCACCUCCAACUUAACUGAGCUUGAUCUUAGCUAUAACAUCUUCAAAGGCACCAUUGCAUAUAAUUUUGGUAACAUAAGAAAUCCUCUUGAAAGACUUGACUUGUCUGGUAAUCAACUACAUGGUCGAAUUCUAGAAUCCAUUAGAGACAUAUGUACCUUACAGUCAUUGAACCUUAAUUUUAACAAUUUGAAUGAAGAAAUUUCAACAAUUCUUCUCAAAUUGUCUGGUUGUGCUAGAUACUCGCUGCAAGAAUUGGAUUUAUCUUACAACAAAAUUACUGGCACAUUUCCAGACCUUUCAAUAUUCACAUCACUAAUAACAAUUGACCUCUCAGGUAAUCUGUUAAGUGGGAAGGUGCUAGAUGGUGUCAGAUUUCUUCCAUCUAAAUUGGAGUCUUUGGCCUUUCAAUCCAACUCUUUGGAAGGUGGAAUUCCAUAUUCAUUUGAUAACCUAUGUUCAUUAAAGUCACUAGACCUGUCAAAUAACAAUUUGAGUGAAGAUCUUUCAGUGAUACUUCAUAAUAUGUCUGUUGGGUGUGCCAAGUACUCGUUGCAAAAUUUGAACUUGGAUGCAAAUCAAAUUACAGGUAUGAUACCUGACAUGUCUGGGUUCUCAUCUUUAAAAAACUUGUUCCUAUCUGACAACCUAUUAAAUGGGAGCAUACUAAAAAAUUUUAAUUUUCCCUCUAAAUUAGAGGUUUUGUAUUUGGAUUCCAAUAAUAUGAAAGGUGUGAUCAGUGACUCUCAUUUUGACAACAUGUCCAUGUUAAUGUAUUUAGACUUGAGUCACAAUUCUUUGGCUCUGAAAUUCAGUGAAAAUUGGCUUCCUCCUUUUCAAUUGUCUACCAUAUAUUUAAGUUCUUGUAUUUUAGGGCCUAGUUUUCCAAAAUGGCUGCAUAGUCAAAAAUAUCUUCAAAGGGUGGACAUUUCUAAUUCUGGAAUCUCAGAUGUAGUUCCAAUGUGGUUUUGGAAUCAAGCAACAUAUACAACUUUGGUGAAUAUAUCAUACAAUAAUAUCAUUGGCACAAUUCCAAAUUUGCCCAUAAGAUUUUCUGAAGGUUGUCGAGUAAAUCUAGAUUCAAAUCAGUUUGAAGGUUCAAUCCCUCCAUUUUUUCAAAGUGCAAGAUAUUUAGGGUUGUCGAAAAACAAAUUUUCAGAAAUUCGUUUGUUGUUAUGUACAAACACUACAAUUAAUAACGUUCUCCUAUUGGAUCUAUCAAAGAAUCAAUUAUCCACGCAGCUCCCUGAUUGUUGGAGUCAUUUUAAAGAAUUGACAUUUCUAGAUUUGAGUGACAAUACUUUGUUUGGUGAAGUUCCAUCCUCAAUGGGAUCAUUAUCUAAACUUAAGAUAUUAAUAUUGCGCAACAAUAGCUUAGCAGGGAAGUUGCCCAUCUCCUUGAAAAAUUGCACUAACCUGGUCAUGCUAGAUCUUGGAGAUAAUGGAUUAUCUGGACCAAUACCGUAUUGGUUAGGACAACAAUUGCAAAUGUUAAGCUUACGAAGGAACCAACUCUCUGGAAGUCUUCCACCGAGUCUUUGUUACUUAACAGACAUUCAGUUGUUGGAUCUCUCAGAAAACAAUCUAUCGGGACGAAUUUUCAAAUGCUUAAAGAAUUUUUCCGCAAUGUCUCAUAAUUUUUCCUCAACUAGAACAGUAGGCCUUGAGUUAUAUUAUUCCCGCAGUGUAUAUGCAUUUGACAGUGGCAGCAGCUUUGAUUUGACUGCAUUUUUGAUGUGGAAAGGUGAAGAACGACUAUUCAAGAAUAAUAUGCUCAUUUUGAGGAGCAUUGAUCUUUCAAGCAAUCAAUUGACAGGAGUCAUUCCAGAAGAAAUUGGAAGCUUGACAGAAUUGGUGUCAUUGAAUUUAUCACGCAACAAUUUGAGUGGGGAAAUUACAUCAAAGAUUGGAAAGUUAACAUCACUUGAUUCUCUUGACCUGUCAAAAAACUACUUGUUUGGUCCAAUUCCUCCUUCUCUAUCUCAAAUUGAUCGUCUGGCUAUGUUGAAUCUGUCCGAUAACAACCUCUCUGGAAGAAUUCCAAUUGGCACACAGUUGCAGAGUUUCGAAGCAUCAAGUUAUGAAGGGAAUGUCGAUCUUUGUGGGAAACCACUUGACAAAACAUGUCCAGGAGAUGAAGAAGUUGUACAUCAGAAACCAGAAACACAUGAAGAAAGUAAUGAAGAUGAUAAAAAACCACUUUAUUUGAGUGUGACAUUUGGAUUUAUCACAGGAUUUUGGGGACUCUGGGGAUCAUUGUUUCUUAGCCGGAAUUGGAGAAAUAAAUAUGUCUUGUUCUUGAACAACAUAAUUGACACAAUUUAUGUGUUUAUGGUGCUGAAUGCAACUAAAUUUCAAAGGUGGCUUAGAGGCUUGCUGGAAAAGUUUGUCUAAACAUCUCCAAUUGAAGCAUUUGCAACUUUGUUGAAGAAAGAUAGCAGAACUAGUAGCUUCUCUGAUCACAUAGAAAUAAAGGAGUUGAAUGUUCUUUAUUAUGUAUCAAUAAUUUAAAUAAUCGAUUUGUGAAACAUGCUGUGAGAUUAAUAUUUUUUUUCCUGUAAAAGUUACAUUUCUGUAAUGAUACUUGCUCGACUUUCCUAGUAUAGUUUGUAUGAAUGCUAUUUGAAGAAUAAGUAGUAUUGGAAGUUUCCCAAUACUGAAUUGGAGGAAAUGGUUGAGAGAAACAAAAUGAUGUUUGUGAAUCACUAUUUAUUUUUAUUUCUGUGUUUCUGAACAUUCUUUUUGCA